GGCAACACACAGAGAGCGUCGGCUGCUUUGUGACAGAUGGAGAGGAAGAUGGAGGAAAGCACUGUUAGAGACGUCGAGACUGGCAGUGAAGCAGGAGGAGAGGAUGCCUUGGUGGGCAAUGUUAACAAACUGACGGUGAGCCCUCCAGGAUACUCAGGAGCUCCACGAAAAGGACAUCUGGUCUUUGAUGCUUGCUUUGAGAGUGGGAACCUGGGCCGCGUUGACUACAUCAGUGAGUUUGAGUUUGACCUCUUCAUCCGGCCUGACACCUGCAACCCUCGCUUCAGAGUCUGGUUCAACUUCACCGUGGAAAACGUCCGGGAGACACAGAGGGUGAUUUUCAACGUGGUCAACUUCUCCAAGACCAAGAGCCUGUAUAGAGAUGGUAUGUCUCCUGUGGUCAAGUCUACCAGCAGACCAAAAUGGCAGAGGCUUCCAGCCAAAAACGUGUACUACUACCGUUGCCCCGACCACCGACGCAACUACGUCAUGUCUUUUGCCUUCUGCUUUGACCGAGAGGACGACGUAUACCAGUUUGCCUACUGCUACCCCUACACCUACUCCAGGCUGCAGCAUUACUUGGCCAGCUUGGAGCGCAGGAACCUGCCCUAUCUGCAGAGAGAACAACUGGGACUCAGUGUGCAACAAAGGCAGCUGGACCUGCUGACCAUCACCAACUCUGACCACCUGAAUGCAGAGAGGGAGAAGAAGCUGGUCUUUCUUACGUCUCGUGUUCACCCUGGAGAGUCUCCUGCCUCCUUUGUCUGUCAAGGUGUGAUCGACUUCCUGGUGAGCCAGCAUCCCGUCGCUCAGAUCUUGAGAGAUCAUGUGAUCUUCAAAAUAGUCCCCAUGCUCAAUCCCGAUGGAGUCUACCUGGGCAACUACAGGUGUUCUCUGAUGGGCUUCGACCUGAAUCGCCACUGGCAGGAUCCCUCUCCAUGGGCCCACCCCACGCUGCACGCUGUUAAACAACUCAUAGUGCAGAUGAACCAAGACCCGAGGGUUAGCUUGGAGUUCUACAUUGAUGUGCAUGCCCACUCCACCAUGCUGAAUGGCUUUAUGUAUGGCAAUGUGUUUGAGGACGAGGAGCGUGUCCAGAGACAGGCUGUCUUCCCCAGAUUGCUGUGCCAAAAUGCACCAGACUUCUCCUUUUCCAACACUUCCUUCAACCGUGACGUGGUGAAGGCUGGUACCGGUAGACGUUUCCUUGGUGGUCUCCUCGACGACACGUCCUACUGCUACACUCUGGAGGUGUCCUUCUACAGCUACAUGACCGCUGGCAGCACGGCUCCUGUGCCCUACACUGAAGAGACAUACAUGAAACUGGGCAGGAACGUGGCUCGAACCUUCCUGGAUUACUACAAACUCAAUAACCUCAUCAAAGACAACAGACCAACUCACAUUCAAAGUUCUGAGGUGAUGUCGCAGACAGGCGACAGUAACGCAAGGGGCAAUGGCGUUGGCAGGGAGGCAGCAGACAGAGAAAAGGAGAAGAGCCAGAGUGUCAGGCGCUAGACACACAGACGGACACACGCUGAGCAUGUAUAAAAUGCAUAGCACUGUGGCAGGAGGAUCCUUCACACUUCACUGCAUUUAUGAGCUUCACAUCUCCCUGGAUAUAAAGACUUAUUUGCACAGAUUUGUAACAGAGAGAUGGUUGGUACUUGUAAGAUUAAAUUCUGAACAAGUUUCCUCUUGGGUUAUUUAGUGACUUUAAAAUGUGGAGUGUUGAAACCAAUGGGAAACGGACUGGUUAUCCAUCUAAAAUCCAUCGGAGGCCUUCAUUUGGCAGCUCUUUCAUUAUUUACAAAUGCAUGCUUCGGCCGUUGUUACUGAAUUAAUUCAGUGUACAGUCUUUAUUUUUUCUUUAGUUUGUCAUUAAACACUUAACCAUUUAAUCUUAA